AGAUGCACAGCUAAAGAAUCAAGCCGGAAGGGGAGGCUUUCCAGGGCGGUGGCUCUGGGAAAUCCAGGGCCCUAGGCGUCUCCACUUAUCCCCAUGUUGGGGACAUACUGGGAGACAGAGUCAGCAACAACGCAAGCCUGAGCUGGGUCAGGUUUGCUGGGAGACCAGAAGGCGAUGGAGGCCAGAGAAGGAAAGGAACGCUUUCUGAAACAAAGGCAAGUCUUGAUAUUCUUUGUUUUGCUGGGCAUAGCUCAGGCUGGUUCCGAGCCUAGACACUAUUCAGUAGCCGAGGAAAUGGAGAGUGGUUCCUUUGUGGCCAAUUUGUUAAAAGAUCUGGGGCUGGAGGUAGAGGAGCUAGCUGCGCGAGGGGCGCGCGUCGUUUCCAAAGGGAAAAAAAUGCGUUUGCACUUGGAUAGGCAGACCGGGGAUCUGUUGUUAGAUGAGAAACUGGACCGGGAGGAGCUGUGUGGCCCUACCGAGCCCUGUGUGCUACCUUUCCAGGUGUUACUGGAAAAUCCCUUGCAGUUUUUUCAGGCCGAGCUACGGAUUAGAGACAUAAAUGAUCAUUCCCCGGUUUUCCUAGACAAAGAAAUAAUUUUGAAAAUCCCAGAAAGUAUCACUCCCGGAACUGCCUUCUUAAUAGAAUGUGCCCAGGACUUAGAUGUGGGAAGCAACAGUCUCCAAAGUUACACAGUCAGCCCCAAUUCCCACUUCCAUCUUAAAUUACAAGACAGUCCCGAGGGCAUUGUAUUACCACAGCUGGUGCUGGACAAAGCGCUGGACCGCGAGGCACAGUCUGAAAUCACCUUGAGUCUCACGGCGUUGGAUGGUGGGACUCCACCCCGGUCUGGCACCGCCCUGGUCCGCGUUGAGGUCUUGGACAUCAACGAUAACGCCCCGGAGUUUGCAAAGCUUCUCUAUGAAGUUCAGGUCCUGGAAAACAGCCCUAUUGGAUCCCAGGUUGCUAUCGUCUCGGCUAGAGAUUUAGACAUUGGAGCCUACGGAGAAAUAUCUUACGUAUUUUCCCAAGCUAAUGAAGAUGUUCGCAAAACUUUUCGAAUAAAUGCAAAAUCGGGACAACUCCUUUUAACGCAGAAGCUGGAUUUCGAAUCUAUUCAGACUUACACAUUAAAUAUUCAGGCGACAGAUGGUGGGGGUCUUUUUGGAAGCUGUGUGGUGUUUGUCCAGGUGGUGGAUUUGAAUGACAACCCUCCGGAACUGACCAUGUCAACGCUUAUCAAUGAAAUCCCAGAAAACUUGCAGGAGACCAUAAUCGCUGUAUUCAGUGUUUCAGAUCCUGACUCGGGAGACAAUGGAAGGAUGGUGUGCUCUGUUCCAGAUGAUCUGCCAUUUAUCCUUAAACCCUCUGUUGAGAAUUUUUACACACUAGUGACAAACACAGCCCUGGACCGAGAGAUGAGAUCCGAGUACAACGUCACCAUCACCGUCACCGACAUGGGGACCCCCAGGCUGACAACCCAGCACCACAUAACCGUGCUGGUCUCCGACGUCAACGACAACGCCCCCGCCUUCACCCAAACCUCCUACACCCUCUUCGUCCCCGAGAACAACAGCCCCGCCCUGCACAUCGGCAGCGUCAGCGCCACCGACGCCGACGCGGGCGCCAACGCCCAGCUCACCUACUCGCUGCUGCCGCCCCCGGACCCCGGCCUGCCGCUGGCCUCGCUGGUGUCGGUCAACGCCGACAACGGCCACCUGUUCGCCCUGCGGGCGCUGGACUACGAGGCCCUGCAGGCCUUCGAGUUCCGCGUGCGCGCCACCGACCGCGGGGCGCCGGCGCUGAGCGGCCAGGCGCUGGUGCGCGUGCGCGUGCUGGACGCCAACGACAACGCGCCCUUCGUGCUGUACCCGCCGCAGAACGGCUCUGCGCCCUGCACCGAGCUGGUGCCCAGGGCGGCCGAGCCCGGCUACCUGGUGGGCAAGGUGGUGGCGGUGGACGGCGACUCGGGCCAGAACGCCUGGCUGUCCUACCAGCUGCUCAGGGCCACGGAGCCCGGGCUGUUCGGCGUGUGGGCGCACAACGGCGAGGUGCGCACGGCGCGGCCGCUGAGCGAGCGCGACGCGCCCCGCCACCGGCUGCUGGUGCUGGUCAAGGACAACGGCGAGCCGCCGCUGUCGGCCAGCGUCACGCUGCACGUGCUGCUGGUGGACGGCUUCUCGCAGCCCUACCUGCCCGCGCGCGACGCGGCGGCCGACGCGGCCCCGGCCGACCCGCUCACCGUCUACCUGGUGGUCGCGCUGGCGGCGGUGUCGUCGCUCUUCCUGUUCUCGCUGCUGGCGCUCGUGGCGGUGCGGCUGUGCCGGCGGAGCGGGGCCGCCUGGGCGGGGGGCUGCGCGGCGCCCGGGGGCCGCUUUCCGGGCCCCCUGGUGGACGUCAGCGGCGCGGGGACCCUGACCCAGAGCUACCAGUACGAGGUGUGUCUGACGGGAGGCUCGGGGACCAACGAGUUCAAGUUCCUCAAACCAAUUCUUCCUAACUUCCUUGCUCAAGGUGAGGAGAGGGUUAGUGAGGCAAACCCCAGUUGCAAGGAUAGCUUUGAAUUCAGUUAAGAAUUAGUAGCGGUCUGCUGACCCUAGCCUCAGUUGAUUAGUGAAAAAUCCCUGCUUACUGCUUUGCCCAUUGAGGUUGUUUCUUUUUAUUUGAAAUGUAAGUAUCUUGUUUCAAUUCAGUGCAUGUUACUGUUGUUUCUGAACGUGUUGCUUUGUGGCAUAACGAAUACGAAUUUUCUUUGUAUUCUCAUUGGUGACUAGUCUCCCUGUACCUUAAUUCCAUUUAAACUGUGAAAGUAAAUUUUCUUUUUCCAAAAGUCUGAAUUUUUAAGUUAGAGCACCUUUUUCUAAACUCCCCUUCCCCAGGUAACUUUGCAGCCCUACAUUUUUUAAAUGUUUGCUUUCACUACAUGGGGUUAUUCUUGUUUCAAGCCCAGCAUAUAUGUUUUAUAUUCUCUUAGGCUAGUGUAACUUUUGUCCUGUGAAGUCACAUUGGCUAAACCAUUAAUAUAGGUAUAUUCAUGAAAAACAAAGCACCCUCUCACAUUUUUCUAAGUAUAUACUAUGGCAAAGUGUCCAUACAUGGAAGUUAUGAUUCUUUAAACAUUCGGAGAACCUUGACUGUUGGAUUCCACAAACCAUUCACAUUAAAAGUGUUCAAUUAA